UUACUUCAUAUACAAUACAAAAGGUCACAUACACUGACUUUCUCUCUUUCUCUUCUCUCUCACCAUUUCACCUUCUUUUCCUCUUUUCACAACCAUUUCUCAGAUUUUUCUCCAAUGUUCUUUUCUCUUCUAUUGGAUUGUACAGAUUCUCACCAAUAACAUAUACAUCAAUCCCUUCAAUUAUAGUUACUGUGUGUGGUUUUUUUUUUUUUGUGAAUUUUUUUCCAAGGACUAAAAAGACAAACUUUUCUGGGUCUAUUGGUUUUUGCUUUAUUCUUCAAACUUUCAUUUUGGUUUUGAUGCAGAAACCAUAACCCUUUUAAAUAACUAUUGUAAAUUUAUUUAAAAAAUCCCAUUUUAUUUUUUCUUUUUGGUAAAAAAAGUAUUUUUUUUUCCUCUCAUUCUUCUGCAAAUUUUUGUUCAUAUUUCUGAGACAUGGGAAAACAAGGACCUUGCCAUCACUGUGGAGUUACAAGCACACCACUUUGGCGCAACGGACCGCCAGAGAAGCCAGUGCUAUGCAAUGCAUGCGGGUCUCGGUGGAGGACAAAAGGAACACUUGCAAAUUAUACUCCUUUACACGCCCGGGCUGAAACUGAUGAUUGUGAUGAUCAAAGGGCUACCAGGGUAAAGAGCAUAUCGUUAAAUAAGAACAAAGAGGCGAAAUUGCUCAAACGGAAGCAGAACCAUGAAAAUGUAGUCUCUGGAAGGAUUGCAUCUGAUUACAACCAUGGAUUCCAAAAGGCUGUUGAUGAAGAUUAUAGCACCCGAUCAAGUUCGGGAUCAGCGUUAUCUAACUCAGAAAGCUGUGCACAAUUUGGUGGCGCAGAUGCUAGUGAUCUGACAGGACCUGCUCAGUCAGUGAUCUGGGAUGCAACAGUGCCUUCGAAAAAGAGGACAUGUGUCGGUCGGGCAAAGCCUUCUUCUGUCGAGAAACUCACAAAAGAUUUAUGCACUAUUCUUCACGAGCAACAGUCUUAUUUUUCUGCAUCUUCCGAAGAAGAUCUUCUUUUCGAAAGUGAAACACCAAUGGUUUCUGUUGAGAUAGGGCAUGGAAGUGUUCUCAUCAGGCAUCCUAGCUAUGUAGCUCGCGAAGAAGAGUCUGAGGCUAGCUCUCUUUCAUUUGAUAAUAGGCAAUAUCCAAUGAGUGAGGCGUAUUCAUAUUCCGGUUCUGUUCUUAUGCAUGAUAGCUCCAGUCGCUCGAACUUCUCAUCUCAGGGAGCUGAAAAGGUCAGGAACUCAGCUUUUCACGGAAUGAAGCACGAGCAACUUAAAAGUGACAAGUCUCAGCUUGAAAGAGUACAAAUCCUUGGAAAUCAUGAUUCACCACUGACUUUAAUAGAUUUAAAUGAUGUGGUAAACUAUGAAGAGUUUUCGAGAAUCUUGACAAAUGAAGAGCAGCAGCAAUUACUGAAGUUUCUUCCUGUGAUUGAUACUGCUAAACUUUCUGAUAGCCUUAAGGUCAUGUUCGAUAGUGUUCAAUUCAAGGAUAACUUAACUUAUUUUCAGCAGCUUCUUGCGGAAGGUGUCUUCGAUAUCUCUUUGUUGGGGGCAAAACCUGAAGACUGCAAGACUUUGAAAAGAUUUGCACUAUCUAAUCUCUCGAAGUCGAAAUGGGUGGAACACUAUCAUUUUCUUAAGAGAUGCAAAAAUAGAGCUGAAAAAUCCGAUACUCCGGGAUCUUAUGGUAUAGGAUCAACCAAUGUUGCAAACGCAAAGAGAAUGCGUGAUAGCAGAAAUCAGAACUUUCCAGAGGUGAAGACAAUAAUGAGGAGCCCUAAAAGAACUAUCACAAAGACUAGUUAUGAAGGCAAAGUUGUAGAUGAUGAAACUUGCUAUAAUCCAAAAAGCCUCCUAUUUCCUUUGCCACCUGAUGCUAGCUCACACUUGCUAGAUUCUUUUAACUUUGUUGAGGAAAGUUCUGAUCAAGAUCUGCUUCUAGAAGUGCCAUCUAACAAUUCUUUUCCACAGGCAGAGCUUCUACACCCGAGUUUAAGCUAUGGUGCUCAAGCCAGCACUAGUAGUAGCUCGGCAGCAUACUCACAUCUUGUGAACCAUUAAGUGUCUGUUUGGUACCACGUUGACGUUUGUUCGUUCGCACACCACUCAAAUUUCUUGUAUUUGAAAAACCACGGUAAAGUUAUCUACACAUGAUAGAUUAACUGUCGCAACGUGUGUCCAAACACAGACUAAGUAACAUUCUCGAGUUACUUUGGUGGAAACAUAUUUUACAUCUUGAAAAAUAUGAUGGUUGUGCUUACUUUACUUGCAACCUUCUUAAGCUUGGAUUGCCAACAAUUUGAAGUUGGAUGAGCUUUUUUUUUUGUAUAGGUUGGUAAUAGAUUGUAAGAUAUCUUGAAAUGAGAAGUGCAUUCUCCAGAAUUUUGAAUGCGAGCUUAGGGUUCGUUUCAAGUUUCCUAUUUUUAUUUUUACUUUAACUAAUAAACAUAAGAGAAUAUAAAUCAAAUGUUUUCUUCA